AUGACAUCUACAAUCACCCAGAUCAAACCGGCCACAACACUUUACGUGGAACGAUGUGCAGUGACAACACCUGCUCCAGACAUAGUCAUUAUGUUUGGAUGGACAAACGGCCAAUUGAAACACCUUUCUAAAAUCGCAUCGUUUUGGCGCGCGAAAGGAAACUAUCAUAUCUUGUAUUAUACUGCUCCUGACUUUCCGUAUGUUUACUUUCCAUACAAGGCGGAAAAAUUGUGUGAAGGCUUUAUUCCGUAUUUGUAUGAAUGGAAAGUAUUCGAUAACGAAUCCUCCACCACGUCUGCUGUUACAGACAACAACGUGGUUAAUAAUACUCGGCGUAGACCGAAAGUCAUCGCUCAUGUGUUUUCAAACGGUGGCGGUGGAGGUCUCGCUGGCAUGAUUCAGAUGCUAAAAGCAAACAACUUGCCGUUUUGUUUCUCGGCCAUAAUUCUCGACUCUGUUCCUGGUGUCGGUUUCUUUACCCUCUAUCGCUUAUACACUGCUACUCAGACGAAUCCUUUUAAAAAGUUUGUAACCAUGUUAAUGACCGCCGGCAUUAUGCUACUGACUACGCCAUGGAUAACUCUAUAUCUGACCAUCAUUCGCCGGAAGCCACUUGUCCAGUAUAUCGUUCACGCAUUAUUGUAUGAAAAGGCAACAGAUUGUCCGAGGCUGUUUCUGUAUUCAAAGAAAGAUGCUAUAGUACCGUAUACAGCCGUAAGAAAGACAGCAAAAAUGAGUGCGGACAUGGGAUACGUUACAGAUGAAUUGCUGUUUGAAAACACUGAGCAUGUAAAGCAUUGGAUUGACCAAAGAGAAAUCUAUGAGAACGUAGUCAACAAGUUUUUGGAGCAAAAUAGCAUUACGUUACAAAUAUGA